AUGAGAAGUAAUACACCCUCGGUUCUAUGGCGUGCUUUUCGAUUGCUUACUCUCAAUUCGUCGUUCCGCAGAUACUCUAUGGAUGGUCCCGAUGAUUUUGGCUAUUCAAUGCGACAUAAAGCAAUAAGAAUGGCGGAACCAUUUGGCAUUGUGAAUAAUGCAAAAGGACUACGUCUAGAAAAGUCUUAUAUCUCCACGGACAUGAUAUCAUCUCUCAAGCGAACGGCGUGGGGUUUGUUUCAGAUCGAUACGAUUGUCCAUAUGAACUUCCUAAGACCAAGUCACAUCAAGGACUAUUUUGAUGAGUCAUGCAAGCUCUCUUUUAUAGCCAGGGAUACGUCUUGGAAGGUGCCGCACUCCCUUGAGGAUGUGGAGGUCAAGCAAGGAAUUUAUAACCGUCUGCGUCAAUGGAAGAAAGAACUCCCCCAGGUCUUUGAGCUGAAGGAGAAACCAGCACCGUAUAUUCUUGUCCUCAGGAUGCGCUACCACACGCUAGUGAUCAAUUUAUAUUGCUACGAUCUCCAAAACGGCAUUACGUCCUCAAAAGCUAGCAAAGACGCCUGUGGCUCCGCUCGCCCUCAUCAGGAUGCCAUGCAGACCGCGCUCUUCUCUGCGCGAGAGAUUGCCACUUUGAUCGAAGUGUACAGAGCGGAAUACGGACUAGUACAUUGUCAUCAAUUUGCUAUGUAUGCUAUCAAUGUUUCGCUAUUUUGCAUACUUGCGCAGGAGUCUUUUCAAAUUCUGGAUCCAGAUUUCUUAAGCCUCACUAGUGCAUUCUCCGUUCUUGCCUGCCGUUCGAGGGUGGGGAGACAUCUCUUUCAUGCGUUCAAGUUGUCUGUCCGCUCUAGGGAUUCAAUUGGAUGGAUGUUUAGCACCGACGAUGAUAUCCCUCCUGGGAUUAAGGACCUCUUUGGACCACGUGAAAAAACCGACGAACCGGACAAGUGGGAUCACUAUGCGGAAGGCUUGGCAGAGAUAGCUGGUGAAGUAAGCUUCCUCAGAGAACUUGGAAUGGAUCCUGCUAUACCUGGACUACUUGACAUGCUUAAGUGGUACGAGGUGCUGAGUAUUGGGAAAGAAACCAAGUGGAGAGGGAAAGAUUCAGACCAUGCUUUCUUGAAAUUCUUCGAAUGGUUAUAG